AUGGAGAGGUCGUAUGCAUUUCAAGUACACAUCAACUACCGCAACCGGGUCAGAACACAAACCAUUUUGCUUGUGACGGCUGCCGAGCAAAGAAGGCGUCGCAAAGGUGGAAGGCCCCCAGCGCCGCACAAAAGCGCAACGCCUCGCGAGAUCACGCCGUCUACGUCAGAAGAACCGCCGAUGAUGGUCCCUUCUGAAUCACCCAAAGAGCGAUUACAAUCGGCGCAAUUGGAGCAGUUGUCUGAACCCAAAUGUGUCUCAAAGGGUGCUGCAUCGGAUCAAAUCUUGCCACCGGAGCGAGCCGAGAUUGACAUGGACUCCCAGUCAACCAAUUUGCUCAUCCAAACCCCGACAUUCGUUGGCUCGGGCCAAUCACCAAGCACCCUGCUGGAAGAGGAGUCGUCUGGCACACCGCCUGACUUUGAGGAUCUGGCCCUUCCAGAUUACAUGGAGUCAGACUUGCAUGAGUUUGAUAUGGACGACUUACAAUUACUUGAUGCCGAGAUAAACUUGUCCGAACAGGAAGCUGAAGGCCAUGACCUAAGCGAAGCAUUUGCAUCCAGUACAACCCCAUUCAACGUCCAAAUCACACGGGAAACUAGCUUUGCUAGAAGCAGCUCAUCGUCAGAUCAAAUGAUUGAUGCUAAGUGGAUGUAG